UCCACUUCACCAACUCCUUCAAACUUAUUAACACUUUCCUUAGUUCAAUAUGGGGAAGCCCUUCUUCACUCUCUCUCUUUCUUCCCUUUGCUUGCUACUCUUGUCGAGUGCAUGCUUUGCUAUUACCUCCAGCAAGUUCAACGAGUGCCAACUCAACAACCUCAACGCGUUGGAACCCGACCACCGCGUUGAGUCCGAAGGUGGUCUUAUUGAAACAUGGAACUCUCAACACCCUGAGCUGCAAUGCGCCGGUGUCACUGUUUCCAAACGCACCCUCAACCGCAACGGCCUCCACUUGCCAUCUUACUCACCUUAUCCCCAAAUGAUCAUUGUCGUUCAAGGGAAGGGAGCAAUUGGAUUUGCAUUUCCGGGAUGUCCUGAGACGUUUGAGAAGCCACAACAACAAUCAAGCAGAAGAGGCUCAAGGUCGCAGCAGCAACUACAAGACAGUCACCAGAAGAUUCGUCACUUCAAUGAAGGAGACGUACUAGUGAUUCCUCCUGGUGUUCCUUACUGGACCUAUAACACUGGCGAUGAACCAGUUGUUGCCAUCAGUCUUCUUGACACCUCCAACUUCAACAAUCAGCUUGAUCAAAACCCCAGAGUAUUUUACCUUGCUGGGAACCCAGAUAUAGAGCACCCAGAGACCAUGCAACAACAGCAGCAGCAGAAGAGUCAUGGUGGACGCAAGCAGGGGCAACACCAGCAGCAGGAGGAAGAAGGUGGCAGUGUGCUCAGUGGCUUCAGCAAACAUUUCUUAGCACAAUCCUUCAACACCAACGAGGACACAGCUGAGAAACUUCGGUCUCCAGAUGACGAAAGGAAGCAGAUCGUGACAGUGGAGGGAGGCCUCAGCGUUAUCAGCCCCAAGUGGCAAGAACAAGAAGACGAAGACGAAGAUGAAGACGAAGAAUAUGAACAAACUCCCUCUUAUCCUCCACGACGACCAAGCCAUGGAAAGCAUGAAGAUGACGAGGACGAGGACGAAGAAGAAGAUCAACCUCGUCCUGAUCACCCUCCACAGCGACCAAGCAGGCCCGAACAACAAGAACCACGUGGAAGAGGAUGUCAGACUAGAAAUGGGGUUGAGGAAAAUAUUUGCACCAUGAAGCUUCACGAGAACAUUGCUCGCCCUUCACGUGCUGACUUCUACAACCCAAAAGCUGGUCGCAUUAGCACCCUCAACAGUCUCACCCUCCCAGCCCUCCGCCAAUUCGGACUCAGUGCCCAAUAUGUUGUCCUCUACAGGAAUGGAAUUUACUCUCCACAUUGGAACUUGAACGCGAACAGUGUGAUCUAUGUGACUCGAGGGAAAGGAAGAGUUAGAGUGGUGAACUGCCAAGGGAAUGCAGUGUUCGACGGUGAGCUAAGGAGGGGACAAUUGCUAGUGGUGCCGCAGAACUUUGUGGUGGCUGAGCAAGGGGGAGAACAAGGAUUGGAAUACGUAGUGUUCAAGACACACCACAACGCCGUGAGCAGCUACAUUAAGGAUGUGUUUAGGGCAAUCCCUUCGGAGGUUCUUUCCAAUUCUUACAACCUUGGCCAGAGUCAAGUGCGUCAGCUCAAGUAUCAAGGAAACUCCGGCCCUUUGGUCAACCCAUAAAUAACAACAAGCAUAUAUGAAGGUGUGGUGAGGCCAUCUUAUAUGAAAUAAUAUCAAAAUAUAUUUUGUGUAAUAAUAAAACUAUGGCCUAUGUAUUUACCACCCUCCGAGCCAGCCUAUGUUAAUAUCUGAGUGGCGUUGUACCUUUGAAUCGCCUUAAUAAAAUGUCAGUCUUCAAGUUUUGUCUUUA